GUCCUGGGGCUUCCACCAUGAAACUGAUUCGACAUCUGAUAGCAGGCAAUUGAUGGGUAAUGGAGGCAAAUGGGUGAUGGAUAGUGGAAGAAUGGGAAGCGAGUUUAAUGGGGACAAUGUGGAUUACAGGAUCCAUCUCCAUGAUUCAGCUGCUAUAACUGCAAAUAUCACUACCCCGAACGUCUCUUCCCUCUUUAGUAUUCUCGACUCGAGCGUUCCCUUUCCCUUCGGAUCGCUGGUUCUAUUCGAUUUCAUCCACUGGCUCCCUGUUGGUCGCCACCACAGACACCACAGAGAACCCCGUGAAAGUGACAAGGUUUCGAUUUGCGAUGAUUUUCCUCCCAACAUUCCCCCACCAGAGACGAAUAUGACCUUGACCCUCUGUGUUGAUCCAAAUGGUUGUUGCAAUUUCACGACAGUCCAAGCAGCAGUUGACGCGGUUGGGAAUUUUAGCGAGAAGAGAACUGUGAUUUGGAUUAACAGUGGCAUCUACUAUGAAAAGGUUACUAUUCCGAGGACAAAACCGAAUAUUACAUUUCAAGGACAAGGGUACACAUCUACUGCAGUUGCAUGGAAUGAUACUGCAAAUUCUGCUCAUGGCACAUUCUACAGUGGCUCUGUUCAAGUUUUCGCGAACAACUUUGUUGCAAAGAACAUAAGCUUCAUGAAUGUGGCUCCAAUACCGAGCCCGGGCGAUGUGGGGGCCCAAGCAGUGGCCAUAAGAAUAGCAGGGGACCAAGCGGCCUUCUUGGGGUGUGGUUUCUUUGGAGCUCAGGACACUCUCCAUGACGAUAGGGGCCGUCAUUACUUCAAGGACUGCUAUAUCCAGGGCUCCAUUGAUUUUAUCUUUGGCGAUGCUCGCUCAUUGUACGAGAAUUGCCAGUUGAUAUCCAUGGCCAAUCCCGUCCCAGCUGGGCAGAAGGUAAUUAACGGAGCCGUUACGGCCCACGGUAGAGUCUCGAAAGAUGAGAACACGGGCUUCACUUUUGUGAACAGCUCCAUUGGAGGCACAGGCCGGAUCUGGCUUGGCCGAGCAUGGCGACCCUUUUCACGGGUCGUUUUUGCCCUCACGUCCAUGACAGAUAUCAUUGCCCCUGAGGGCUGGAAUGACUUCAAUGACCCGGCCAGAGACCAGAACAUAUUCUACGCCGAGUAUAAUUGCACGGGAGCAGGUGCAAAUAUGGCUCAAAGAGCUCCGUAUGUUCAGAGACUCAACGAUACCCAAGCUUCGCCUUUCCUAAACACCACCUUCAUCGACGGGGAUCAAUGGCUCCAACAAGUCCUAAUUACAUGAUAUCUCUUACUUUGAAUACAUCUAUUCCUCUAAUC